UGUGCCAUAUCUGAUCGCAAUGGGGACGGACCCAGAGCCCACCAUGAGGAACAAAGCAGACCAGCAGCUGGUUGAGAUUGAUAAGAAAUACACUGGAUUCAUCCAUAUGAAGGCUGUAGCUGGGAUGAAGAUGUCGUACCAAGUGCAGCAAGCCGUUUUGGGAUCAGCAGGACCUGUGGUCCGUGGUUUCCGUCAAGACGAGUCCAAUUCUGCUCAAUGUUCCCACCUCUACAGCAUGGUCCGUGCAAACAGACAACACCGGAGAGCGUUCCUCAUCUCACUGCUCAAUCUCUUCGACGACAGCUCGAAGAUUGAGGUGAACAUGCUGUUGUUCAUCGCUGAUAAUCUGGCCUACUUCCCCUAUCAGUCUCAGGAGGAGCCGCUGUUCAUCAUGCAUCAUAUCGACAUCACACUCUCUGUGUCAGGCAGCAACCUGCUGCAGACAUUUAAAGAGUCUCUUGUUAAGGUUCCGGGCAGGAAGAGCAGGAAAAGGAGGAGACGACGGCGCCGGCGGCAACAACACCCACAGCAGCAGAAUGGUUCGGAGGAGGAGAGGGGAGAGCAGGACGAGGAACGAGAAAGGCACAGUGGAGAUGAAGAGUUUGACGAGGAUGAUUAUGAAGAGGAUGAGGAGGGGCAGCGGGUGAGGAAGCCCAAGCCCACGGAGGGCACCAGGCAGCCAGAGUCAGAUUCUGAUACUGACCUGGAGGAUGCUGAUGCUGUUAUGGAGCGUCUUCCUGACGACACAACAUCUCUCCUGGACUUUGCUAGGGCAUCUCAAGGCAUACUGUUACUGCUGGUGCUCAAACAACACCUCAAGAACCUCUACGGCUUCUCGGACAGCAAAAUUCAGAAGUACUCUCCUACGGAGUCGGCGAAGGUGUAUGAUAAAGCCGUCAACAGGAAGUCCUCAGUUUACUUCAGUCCACGGCAGACCAUUGAGUUCCUCCAGAAUGAUGAGGUUCACGAGGAGAUGACCUAUGAGCUGAAGAGGAAGAUCGUCAAACAGUACCUCGAUUUUAAGUUGCUGAUGGAGCACCUGGACCCUGACGAAGAGGAUGAGGAAGAUAGAGAUACGAGUGCAAACGUGAGGAAUAAAGCCAUCACCGCACUGCUGGGGGGAGCAGCCACAAGCCCCCGAAACCACCACACUGUUGACUCUGAGGAUGAGGACAGCGAUGGAGAGGAGAGGACACCAGGGGCGUCUCGACGCGGGAGGCGCGCGGCAGACUCCGCAGACCUGCUGUCUACGAACAUGAACGAGUCCGUCAGCGUGCUGGACAUCAUCGCCAUCCACUGCCCCAAGUACAGAGACCGGCCGCAGAUCGCACGCGUGAUCCAGAGGAACAACGACACUUACAGGAUCCACUGGAUGGCCGGCUCGUACUCCAGCUCCUGGACCGAGGCGAAGCGGCGCGACGGACGCAAGCUGGUCCCUUGGGUGGACACCAUCAGAGAGACUGACAUCAUCUACAAAAAAAUCACACUCACCAGUGGCAACAAGCUCAACCACAAAGUGGCGCAGACUCUACGGUCACUCUACGCUUCCAAGGACAGGAACUCCAGCUAAUAAUAUGUAAACGCAGGCACACACAUACCUCCCAUCUCGGUUCCUCUCAGCCUAAUGCAACACACACACACACACACUCUCACCGUCUCUCCAUAUACCAACAAGCCAAUCAGCCAAACAUCUCCUGGAUCAGCCAAACACACACAAACAAACACAAGCGGUUAUUCUACACUACAGACUCUCUCUCUCUCUCUCUCUCUCUCUCUGAUGCACUCUGGGUCCGGCGGUGACGUUUGGUCCUCUGCGCCGGAGUGCAUCGUCGUAUCGCAGGAAUAAAAUGUUCGGAGAAACAUUGUAUGGGUGCUCCUUCGCUGUUGUGCAGCAGAUUUCUGGUUGUUUGAUUUCUACUCCCAGUGUAUCAUAGUUUAACAUAAAAAUAUUGUUUAUAUCUAUAAAAGAAAUUGAAAUAUAUACUGAAUGUUGAAAGAAUUAGUUUGUUGAUGUUUUUACUUUAUUUUUUCCUUUAUUUUUUUUCUAUUUUCCUUUCGGAUUUCUUAGCGUCAAGCGGCUUUCUACAGCUUCGCUCCUUGUUAACUGGCUGAUGACCAUGAUUCUCUCGGUUUGUCCAUUUUGUACGAUAGCACCGUGUGGCUGUAAUUUAUUGUGUAUAGCAUGCAGUGUCUGUGAGAAGGGCUGUGUCGAAGGAGAUUUGCGAUCACAGGUCGCCCUGCUCAGCGUAAAGGGACCCACAUGCCUCUGAUGGAACAAAUACUGCAAUAAAUUUUCUACUUCUCUUA